GCUUGGGAGAGCGAUCAUACGAAACCCAACCCCUUCAACAGUCAAAGUCAAGAAAUGACCCAAGCCACUGUUCGUUUAGCGCUCAUCCAACAAGACGCAAAAGAUUUGGAAGAAGGAUCAUCAAUUUCCCUCCAUUCAGAGGUGACACCUAGUAUCCUCAUUAGCACAGGCUUGGACCUUGAGAAUGCGCAACGACGUUUACGGGUAGAUAAUGCAGGUCUCACCCAACACUCAACCAACAAUCAGCAAACGAAGAUUCUGAUGCGCAGAAAUGCUCUCCAACGCCGCAUUGAUUCAUGGAUCGACAUACAGGUCCUGUACAUGCCCUCCGUCGCUCACUUCCAUGCCACUGGUUUCUCUCCAUCUGACAAGGGCACCAUUGAUGAAACCACCGGCUGUCCAAAAGCCAAACUCGACUCUAUCAAAGCCGAGGAUAUCCCACUAUUUCUUCCAUCUUCUAUCUGUAAUCUGACAACGUGCGAUGCGAAAUUGCUCGAGGUUGAGUGGUCAUUACGCUUGGCGCAGGCUAACGACGCUCUCGAAGAAUGCCGCUCUCACAUUCGUCUCCGCCACCAGCUUCUACGCUUCAAGGCACAACAAAUUCGCGGACAAAGUCUUAACACUCGUGCCCAAAAAACCAUUCAAGCGGUUGAGGAUCGGCUCAUUCUUAGUCACGAGAAGUAUUCUUGUGCUCGGCGAGCUCUCACUCAUCUGUCAGGGCGGCUAAACCAUGUAGGCUGGGAGCGCAAGUUGCAGCCAUUGAGGAAGUCUGACCUUCGGCCAAUGGGGGACCUUGGAGGUCGCACUCAAGGAACAGCGAUCAUGUCAUGGAUUUGGCAUGUACACGGAAUUCCUUCGGACGACGGUGACAGGUUUCAGGAUUCGCUACGCAUUGAAUGGUGCAAAACGAGGGCCAGACGCAAUCGGUGGUUUGAAGAAAUCCAACUGCUCUUGGAGGAGAUGCGGCGCGUCUUGGAGUUUCUUGAUUGGCAGGCUAAGUGGUGGGAAGCACGGGUCACACUGCGUGUGGCUGAGCAGCCUGAGGACAACGAGGGCUUGGUGGCAUACGCAAAACGCCAGGCUGCCAUCUGUCGAUCCCUGUCUGCAAAAUUCAGGGCAUCAUGGCACCAUGUGACCGCUUUGGUAAGCGAAAAUCUGGACGAUACAGAGGCUAAUGCACCGGCAGAAGAAGGUCCUUCUAUUGAUGCACCCCCGCAUGGAGAUCUCGAUGAUUUAGACUAA